AACUGCUGUGCCCCAUCCAUCCCGGCCAUCCACUGCUGUGCCAUCAGUCUAUCACCUCUGCGCUCUUUCUUCGUUUCGUUUCGUUUCCUUUCCAGAUAAGGCUAUAUAUCCCCAGCGACCCCUCCGCCUCCUCCUCAGCGCUCCCUCUCCUCACCACGGCCACCGCGGGAGCUCGCCGUCGCCCCGACGAGGGUUCUGAAGGAAUCAAGUUUCCGAUACAGCUCCCCUGAAUUCAGCAUGACGCCGGUGGUUCAUUGCUCUGUUGGCACCAUCAGCCUGUUCCACAUAGGCAGCUUCAGGCCCGGCCGAGAAAUACAGAUAAGAAGGUUCCGUGGUUCAGAGAGGUAUUCAAGAGUCACAUCGCAGUCGCGCCAUGGGCUGCUGCAGCCACAGACACCAUUCCACCUGAUCAGCAUGUACAAAAGAAGCUGGUCCUCUGCCAACAACAGGCUGAGGACCUUGUCAGCAGCAGCUGUUGAGACUGAUGUUGCGGUGGAGGGUUCAUCAUCUUCGUCAGGAGAAACUUCCGGCGAAACCUCCGAGGCCGCACCUGCCGCUGCUGAAACCACUGGGCAGGCUGUGGCUAGCACGACCCCGGCUUCCUCCCCUCCCAAGUUAGGUCGCAACCCACGUAAGAGCGAGAUGCCGCCGUUGAAGGAUGGUGAUCUUGUUCCUGGUGUGUCCUUUACCGGGAAAGUCAGGUCUAUCAAGCCAUUUGGAGUCUUUGUUGACAUUGGAGCAUUCACUGAAGGCCUUGUUCAUAUCUCCCGAGUAAGCGAUGGUUUUGUCGAAGAUAUAUCUACCCUCUUCACUGUUGGGCAAGAGGUGUCAGUGAAAUUAGUGGAAGUAAAUAAAGAAACGAGGCGCAUCUCCUUGACAAUGCGGACAGGUGGAGAUUAUGUCAAGGAAGCACCUACAGCUCCAAGCGGUGGGAGGAGCCCAACUGCAGCUGCGCCUAGAAGCUCACCAAGGCAAACAAAGGAUUUCAAGAAGAUAGACGAGUCAAAGUAUGCACGAGGACAAUCUCUGACUGGCACUGUGAAAAAUACAACAAGAACGGGGUCAUUUGUGACACUGCCUGAUGGAGAAGAAGGAUUCCUCCCAAGGGAAGAGGAAGCAGCGGCACUGUUUACCCUUAUCGGGCAUUCCGCGCUGGAAGUUGGUCAAGAGGUAACGGUGAAAGUAUUGAAUGUAGCACGAGGCCAGGUCACAUUGACAAUGAAGGGGGGAGAAGAUGAUGAAGACGAGUUGUCGUCGUUAAACACCAACCUGAAGCAGGGAUGGUCCAGAGGGACCAACGCUUUCGAGUUAGCUUUCCGUAGGAGCAAGGAAAUCUCUGCAUUCUUGGACCAGAGGGAAAAGGUUACUGCUCCAGAAGUGAAAACAGAAGUUGAGACUGAGACUUCAGUUUCAACUUCUGGGGUUGAAAGCACAGUUGACGACAAGCUCGUUGAGUCUCCUACUGAAGUUGAAAGCAAAGAGGAUAGCUCUUCAACAGAAGCUGUCACUGGUGCCGUUGAGCCUCCUACAGUUUCUGCUACUGAAGUUGAAAGCAAAGAGGAGGACAGCGCUUCAACAGAAGCUGUCACUGGCGCCGCUGAGCCUCCUACAGUUUCUGCUAUUGAAGUUGAAAGCAAAGAGGAGGGUAGCUCUUCAACAGAAGCUGCCACUGGCGCCGUUGAGGAAAUCACUCCUCUUGAUAAGGCUGAGGAGCCAGAAGAAUCAGUGCCGGAGGUUCCUGCAACUGCAAGUAGUGAGUCUGCUGUGGUAACUGAGGAAGUAGCAGCCCCGGAUGAGAAAACCACAGAGGUUUCUGCUACUGGAGCUGCAGAAGCAAGCAUAACCACAGCAACUAUUUCUCCUGCUCUUGUCAAGCAGUUACGUGAUGCAACUGGAGCAGGCAUGAUGGACUGCAAAAAGGCUCUUGCUGAAUCGAGUGGUGACAUUGAUAAAGCUCAGGAAUUCCUCCGGAAGAAAGGGCUGGCUGCUGCUGACAAGAGGGCUGGAAGAGCCACUGCGGAGGGAAGAAUUGGUUCUUACAUACAUGACAGCAGAAUCGGUAUCCUUAUUGAAUUGAACUGUGAGACUGACUUUGUAUCACGAGGUGACAUCUUUAAGGAGUUGGUCGAUGAUCUUGCCAUGCAAGCUGCUGCUUGCCCUCAAGUAAAUUACAUUUCCAUUGACGAUGUCCCUGAGGAGGUUGUGAAGAAGGAGACGGAGUUGGAGAUGCAGAGGGAGGACUUGCUCUCGAAGCCUGAGCAGAUCCGUGCUAAGAUUGUUGAGGGCCGAGUAAAGAAGAGGCUUGGAGAAUUUGCCUUGCUUGAGCAACCAUUCAUCAAGAAUGAUAAGGUCACAGCCGGUGAAUGGGUGAAGCAAACUAUUGCUACAAUUGGAGAGAACAUGAAGGUGAGGAGGUUUGUUCGGUACAACCUGGGAGAAGGGUUGGAGAAAAGAAGCCAGGAUUUUGCUGCUGAAGUUGCAGCCCAGACAGCCGCGAAGCCACCACCAGCUGCUCCUGUGAAGGAUGACAAGCCCGAUGAAUCGGCUGAAGCCGCAGAGAAGAAACCAGCUGUGGCAAUUUCAGCUGCAUUGGUAAAGCAACUCCGAGAUGAAACUGGCGCUGGUAUGAUGGACUGCAAGAAAGCGCUGGCUGAGACUGGGGGUGACCUUCAGGGUGCUCAGGAGUUCCUCAGGAAAAAGGGCCUCUCGUCCGCAGACAAGAAGUCGUCUCGCCUAACCGCUGAAGGCCUGAUUGGAUCGUACAUCCACGACAACCGCAUAGGAUGCAUGAUUGAAAUCAACUCUGAGACCGACUUCGUGGCUCGCAAUGAGAAAUUCAAGGAGCUGGUGAAUGACCUCGCAAUGCAAGUGGUGGCAUGCCCGCAGGUCGAAUAUGUCUCAAUGGACGACAUACCAGAGAGUAUUGUCAGCAAGGAGAAGGAGAUUGAGAUGCAGAGGGAGGACCUGCAGUCAAAACCCGAGAACAUCAGGGAGAAGAUCGUGGAAGGGCGGAUAUCGAAGAGGCUCGGCGUGAUGGCCCUCCUGGAGCAGCCCUUCAUCAAGGAUGACAGCAAGACGGUGAAGGAUCUCGUGAAGGAGACGAUCGCUGGUCUGGGGGAGAACAUCAAGGUACGGAGGUUUGUCAGGUAUACCCUCGGCGAAAACUGAUAAAUGAGACAGUGACCUCCGUCACAAUCCCUGACAUCAGGAGUUGGGCACAUUUUGAUUCAUCAUGAUGCAUAGCUGUUGCUAGUUUGUACUCAGUUGUACUCGGUUCCAUGUAUAAUUUUGUAUCACCUGUUACUAUCGUUCCUGGUUCCAAACCACACGCUUUUUUGCACACCUUCAAUGUAGAUGACAAGAGAGAUCAAUAUAUUGUCCAUGAAAGGAUUACGGCAAA